GAAAGCGUUUAACAAAAACAAGAGAACUGAGCACGGCUAUGAUGGGUGACACGCACGUAGCAAAGAGUAUUUCAGAGUUCAAUCCUAAGCACUCCGCGGAACAAAUUCCCUUCGACCCAGGGGGAAUCACGUCCGGUCAACCAUGCAGAGGUCAUUCGCAGAUCACCAGGGUCUAAGGAAAAAACAAAAUAUUGCGCCAGCCAAUAAACGAAGCCAGAAUUCCCUCCGAAGGUGUCAGGUUUCACCGCGCCAACUUGGACUGGACCUGCUACCACCAAUAAAGCUGCCGCAGGAUUUCGACUCUGCAGCCGCGGCAGAACGUCUACAGGAUUUCGUCCCAAAACAAGGAGGUCCAAGUGGGGGAGCUGUCGAUUUCCUUUUGCUUCAAGGCGAAAUCCUGCAAAACUGCCACGAUUCUGCUGCAUACCGUAUAGUAGCAAGCAAACGCCACGUUCGGUUAGGCGAUGGGGUCGGUACUAAGCAGCGACGGACGGGAGACGGCGAGGACGCCGGGUGCUGGCGGCUCCCAAGGCCGUAUCCAGUUCCCACAACCGUCAGGUGGAGCUGGAGACGUGCAAGAGCAGCAACUUCCUUCUUUUGACUGCGCUAUCUGCUUGGAGGUGCUCGACCAGCCCGUAAGGACCAGGUGCGGCCACGUAUUUUGUCACUCUUGUAUUGCAACAUGUUUAAGAAAUAAUACAUGGACAUGCCCAUAUUGCUGAGCAUAUCCUCCUCCUGAAGGAAUUCCAGCAACCCUUGUUAUCAAAAUGAUGAGAAAUAGACACCAAAACUGUACAGAAUGUAAAACACAGGUAUGCCUUAGUGAAAUGAGAGCUCAUUUGAGGGCGUGUGACCAACAUAUAGAAAAAUACGGGCCUCUACAAGAAGUUGCAUACCCUGAAACAAGAUAUCCUUGUCCUUUCUGUCAGUAUGAAUUGGAUGAAGACGAUCUCUUGGACCAUUUUCUCACUUCUCACAGAACUGAAAGGAGACCAGUGUACUGUCCAAUCUGUCGUUUAUUACCUGGUGGUUGUCCAAGUUGUUAUAGCAGGAAUUUUAUAAGGCAUCUUCAGCUCAGACAGUUCUAUUACGAAGAUUAUAUAGACAUACAUAUUAUAGAAGAAGUUCUUGUUGAAAGAGUUAUAGACCAAUCAAUUUUAGAGUAUGUACAUGUGAAUAAUCCAGGUACUGCAUGAUCAUCGCAAGUAAAUUCAAAGACUAGUCAAAUAGAUUACAUUAUGAAUUAAAGUGUUGGUUGUUUAUACUGUUACUAACUAGUAACAUACAAAACAUUUUGAGUUUUAAACAUUUCAUGUGUGAAACAUUCCAUUUCAGGUAUGAAACAACUGUUCUGACCAUUCAAUUUAAAACAAAGCUUUUUAAAUUUCAGAUUCAAAAUGAAAACCUUAUGCAUAUCACUUAUUGUCAAUUUCCCUAAGUCUAAUUCAUUCCUAUAAGUGCUAAUUACAUUUAGGUUUCCAAAAUCCAUUAUUUUCCUUAAACAGCAUAUAGACAUUAGCAUCAAUAUAAAUUUAAUUGGUUGUGAAUUACUGAGACUGAAUGCAUAUCAGGACCCUUCUCAAAAUUAUGCACCUGAAUUCUGCCACCAUUCAUUCAUUUCAGAUGUGGAGAACCUAUGUUUAAACACUUCCAAGAAAUUAAUUAAUUAAUUAAUUUGUCAAUCAAAUCUAUUUAUCAAAGAAAUGUUUGUUUGGCUCUGAUCAAUCUUCCUAUAUGGUAUUACACAGACCAAUCAGUGAACAAGACCUUAAUGAGGAUCAAUUAGUAUCCAGAUUUUUAUGCUACCACAGUAUAAAAAUAGUCAAAGGAAGUUAUGAAAGCAACACAUGCAUUUAGUUUUGUUGAUGCAGCAAAUUUCACAUUUGCUUUAAACAAGUUGGCAUGUGAGUGUUUUUAGCAGGCUACAAAACUCUUUAUAAUUCUAAUUCAUUCUCAUCCUUUAAUUUCAACAUUAGGGAAAGGCUUAUUUUUCAAUUUAUACAUGAAAAAUAAAUCAAGAAACAAUUAGCUUUCAAAAUCAAAAUACCAUUUUAAGUCUGUCUAAUUAUACAUUUAUGCCAGGUGCUAGGUUCUUUUAGUGCGAAGUAAUUCUUCGGAAUAUAAAUUGUUAUGGCCUAUUUUUCCUAAAGUAAAAGAUACUAUCAGGCUUUUUGCCUAAAGUUUUGAAAAAAGUGACCGAAGUCCAGAUCAUCUUGUGACUGCAUUUCUAAGAGGACAGAGUCUUUAUGAUCAUGAAAAUGUUGCAAUGCCAAUGAGCAACUAUUUACUUUUUAAAACAUUGCAUCAUUUUUCAGAGAGAAAACUAUAACUUGGCAAACAAGAGUACAUUACAUAGUCCUGGUGACCUAAUUGGAUAUAUUAAUGCUAUAUCUUAUAAUGACAGCAGUUGGGUAGUCAGAUAUAGCAUAUUACCAUAAGGAAAAAACAUAACUGAAUUGGUUAAAUAGUACUCAAAAUUAGAAUAGGAGAGUGAAUGUGUCUGUUCAUCUUACUCUGUCCUGUAUUACAUAUGCAGACUGUUUUGCAGAACUCUGUAAAACUAAUUAACUUUAUAAAAUAUCAUUUAAAACAGCAUUUCCAAUAAUGUCAUUGACGUAUGUUUUGUAAAAACUGCACAUUCAUGCACAAAUAUAUGUACUGAUGAAAGUUCAUAGAAAAGUUAUUCUUAAAUUAUAUGUGUAUAUAAAACA